AUGCAAUGUCUCUCAACUGUGGUAUAUCGUAUAUCUGUUAAUGGCAAUCUUUCCACAAGUAUCACUCUUACCAGAGGUAUAAGACAAGGGGACCUUCUGUCAUCUUACCUUUUUCUCCUGGUUGUUGAGGGUCUUUCUGCUACUAUUAGGGCUAAGGAGAAAAUUCAUCAAUUUACUGCCCUUAACAUUUGUAAAGAUGCCCCCAUUAUCUCUCACCUUUUCUUUGUCGAUGAAAGUAUACUCUUCACUCUUGUCACCACUGCUUCUAGUGCUGCCAUUAAGGAUAUGUUGUUCUCUUACCACAAAGCCACUGGCCAAACUAUCAACCUUGCUAAAUCUUCAAUCAUGUUCUCCCCUAACACCUCUCAUGAUUCCCAAGACCUCUUUAGAACUUCCCUUGGUCUAGGCAGUGAAGGUUUCAUAAGCAAAUAUCUCGGAGUUCCUCAUUGCACUAGCAGAAGUUCCAACUCUCACUUCCAUUAUUUUGUUCAAAAAGUGGCCUCAAAAUUAAACAUUUGGGAUGGAAACUUUUUCUCUAGAGCUGGCAAAGAAACCCUCAUCAAAGCUGUGGUUCAGGCUAUACCAUCUUAUGCUAUUAACUGUUUCAAACUGCCCAAUUCUACCUACCUCACUAUUCAAAAAGCCAUCUCUAAAUUCUGGUGGGGUUCCUACACUAAUAAGGGUAAAAUACAUUGGAAUCAGGGGCCUUCUUUAUGCACAUCAAAAUUCCAUGGUGGUCUUGGCUUUAGGUCUCUUCAAAAUCAUAAUCAAGCUCUCAUUGCCAAGCAAGCUUGGAGAAUUUGGUCCAACCCUUCAUGA